AUGGAGCAGUGCAGCAAGCGCGGGGGCAGCAGCUGGUGGUUUCCCCUGGGGCACCACUCCCACUGGAUGGGUCCCCUACCAUCCUCCUCAGUCCAACAGUCGCCGUUUUUUCAGCGGGAGUUCCCCAAACUUGGUGGUGGCAAUUCACUAGCAGAGUCAUCGCCUCAGUAUGGGCCGGGCCCCAGCUUACGGCCACAGACAGAGGGAAGUUGGAUUCAGGGUGGUGGACGUGGUGUAGCUCAAGCACCGCAGGAUGAGCGCCUGCCCAGUCCACAAAACCCAGGUACAUUUAAUGCAGGCGAUAUUCAUCCCCCGAAUCGUAAUCAGGGGAUGGGAUCAAGAGGAACCCCUCCUGGUGGUCCUUCAGGAGUGCCGGGGGGCCCUGUUGGUCCAAUUGGGCCAGCACCACCUCAUGGUCCUACGCCGCAAUUUUAG